AAUGAGGGCUUAUUUAAAUGAUCUCUGAGGUCUUGGACCCAGGCCAAUCAGCUGUCAGGGCUCAUGAUAAAUCGCAAUGCAUUAUUGAUAAUAAUAAUUACUGGGACAUGCGCGUUCCGGCCGAAGGGGGGUAAAUUUCCCAACUCCAGGAAUUUGUGGCGGAGAGGGCAAAUAACUGAGGCUCUCCAGGCGCCCAGAUGCUCGCACCAUGUCGAGGCGCAAGCAGGCGAAACCCCAGCACAUCAACUCCGAGGAGGACCAGGGCGAGCAGCAGCCGCAGCAGGCGACCCCGGAGUUUGCAGAUGCGGCCCCAGCGGCGCCCGCGGCGGGGGAGCCGGGUGCUCCAGUGAACCACCCAGGGAAUGACGAUGAGGCGGGUGAGGACGAAGCCAUAGUAAAGCGGCUUCGUCGGGAGGAGACGCACGUCUGCGAGAAAUGCUGCGCGGAGUUCUUCAGCAUCUCUGAGUUCCUGGAACAUAAGAAAAAUUGCACUAAACACCCACCUGUCCUCAUCAUGAAUGACAGCGAGGGCCCGGUGCCUUCAGAAGACUUCUCUGGAGCUGUACUGAGCCAACAGUCCCCCAGUCCCAGCAGUAAGGACAGUCACAGGGAGAAUGGUGGCAGCUCAGGGGACAUGAAGGAGAAGCCAGGUGCGGAGUCUGUGGUGUACCUAAAGACAGAGACAGCCCUGCCACCCACCCCCCAGGACAUAAGCUAUUUACCCAAAGGCAAAGUGGCCAACACUAACGUGACCUUGCAGGCACUACGGGGCACCAAGGUGGCAGUGAAUCAGCGGAGCGCGGAUGCCCUCCCUGCCCCUGUGCCCUGUGCCAAUAGCAUCCCGUGGGUCCUGGAGCAGAUCUUGUGUCUGCAGCAGCAGCAGCUCCAGCAGAUCCAGCUUACUGAGCAGAUCCGCGUCCAGGUGAACAUGUGGGCCUCCCACGCCCUCCACUCGAGUGGGGCAGGGGCCGAAACGCUGAAGACCCUGAGCAGCCACGUGUCCCAGCAGGUGUCUGCAGCUGUGGCUCUGCUCAGCCAGAAAGCUGGAAGCCAAGGUCUGUCUCUGGAUGCCUUGAAACAAGCCAAGCUACCUCACGCCAACAUCCCUACUGCUACCAGCUCCCUGUCCCCAGGGCUGGCGCCCUUCACUCUGAAGCCGGAUGGGACCCGGGUGCUCCCGAACGUCAUGUCCCGCCUCCCGAGCGCUUUGCUUCCUCAGGCCCCAGGCUCGGUGCUCUUCCAGAGCCCUUUCUCCACCAUGGCGCUAGACACAUCCAAGAAGGGGAAGGGGAAGCCCCCAAACGUCUCCGCGGUGGAAGUCAAACCCAAGGACGAGGCGGUCCUCUACAAGCACAAGUGUAAGUACUGUAGCAAGGUUUUCGGGACUGAUAGCUCCUUGCAGAUCCACCUCCGCUCCCACACUGGAGAGAGACCCUUCGUGUGCUCUGUCUGUGGUCAUCGCUUCACCACCAAGGGCAACCUCAAGGUGCACUUUCACCGACAUCCCCAGGUGAAGGCAAACCCCCAGCUGUUUACCGAGUUCCAGGACAAAGUGGCGGCAGGCAAUGGCACCCCCUAUGCGCUCUCUGUACCUGACCCCAUAGAUGAAUCGAGUCUUUCCUUAGACAGCAAACCUGUCCUUGUAACCCCCUCUGUAGGGCUACCUCAGAAUCUCUCUUCGGGGACUAAUCUCAAGGACCUCUCGGGUGGCCCCUUGCCCAGUGACCAGCCUGGGCCUUCUCCAGACAGUGAGGGUGGACCCACACUCCCUGGGGUGGGACCAGACCAGCAUUCCCCAAGGGCUGGUGGCUUCCAAGGGAGUGGGACCCCCGAGCCAGGGUCAGAGACCCUGAAACUGCAGCAGCUGGUGGAGAACAUUGACAAGGCCACCACCGAUCCCAACGAAUGUCUCAUUUGCCACCGUGUCCUAAGCUGCCAGAGCUCCCUCAAGAUGCAUUACCGCACCCACACCGGGGAGAGACCAUUCCAGUGUAAGAUCUGUGGCCGAGCCUUUUCUACCAAAGGAAACCUGAAGACACACCUCGGGGUUCACCGAACCAACACAUCCAUUAAGACGCAGCAUUCGUGCCCCAUCUGCCAGAAGAAGUUCACCAAUGCUGUGAUGCUGCAGCAGCAUAUUCGCAUGCACAUGGGCGGUCAGAUUCCCAACACGCCCCUGCCAGAGAAUCCCUGUGACUUUACGGGUCCUGAGCCAAUGACGGUGGGUGAGAAUGGCAGCACUGGCACCAUCUGCCAUGACAAUGUCAUCGAAAGCAUCGAUGUAGACGAAGUUGGCUCCCAGGAGGCCCCCGGCAGCUCCUCGAAGGUCCCCACACCUCUUCCCAGCAUCCACUCAGCAUCACCCACACUUGGGUUUGCCAUGAUGGCUUCCUUAGAUGCCCCAGGGAAAGUGGGUCCUGCCCCUUUUAACCUGCAGCGCCAGGGCAGCAGAGAAAACGGUUCCGUGGAGAGCGACGGCUUGACCAAUGACUCAUCAUCACUGAUGGGAGACCAGGAGUAUCAGAGCCGGAGCCCAGACAUCCUGGAAACCACAUCCUUCCAGGCACUUUCCCCGGCCAAUAGUCAAGCCGAAAGCAUCAAGUCAAAGUCUCCCGAUGCUGGGAGCAAAGCAGAGAGCUCCGAGAACAGCCGCACUGAGAUGGAAGGUCGGAGCAGUCUCCCUUCCACGUUUAUCCGAGCCCAGCCGACCUAUGUCAAGGUUGAAGUUCCUGGCACGUUUGUGGGACCCUCAGCCUUGUCCCCAGGGAUGACCCCUUUGUUAGCAGCCCAGCCACGCCGACAGGCCAAGCAACAUGGCUGCACACGGUGUGGGAAGAACUUCUCAUCUGCCAGCGCUCUUCAGAUCCAUGAGCGGACUCACACUGGAGAGAAGCCUUUUGUGUGCAACAUUUGUGGGCGAGCUUUUACCACCAAAGGCAACUUGAAGGUUCACUACAUGACACACGGAGCAAACAAUAACUCAGCCCGCCGUGGAAGGAAGCUGGCCAUCGAGAACACCAUGGCUCUGUUAGGUACGGACGGAAAAAGAGUCUCAGAAAUGUUUCCCAAGGAAAUCCUGGCCCCCUCUGUGAACGUGGACCCUGUUGUGUGGAACCAGUACACCAGCAUGCUCAACGGUGGUCUGGCCGUGAAGACCAAUGAGAUCUCUGUGAUCCAGAGUGGGGGCGUUCCUACCCUCCCAGUUUCCUUGGGGGCCAGCUCCGUGGUGAAUAACACCACUGUCUCCAAGAUGGAUGGUUCCCAAUCAGGUAUCGGUGCAGACGUGGAAAAACCAGGUGCUACUGACAGCGUUCCCAAACACCAGUUUCCUCACUUCCUGGAAGAAAACAAGAUUGCGGUCAGCUAAGCUAAAGGAGAACGUGCAUGGAAGGAGAAGGGCAGACAGUGAAGUCUCUAGAAUCUGCUUUGUUUCGUGAGAACUCAUCUCCUCCUGUUUUCUUUUUCUCACUGAUAUGCAAAUGAUGUUUACCCUGGUUGUGACCACAACCUCAGGCAAGUCCUACAAUCACGAUUGUUGCUAUGCUGCUUUGCAAAAAAUUGAAAAAAAAAAAAAAAAUUCAUACCAAAACAAAUAGACUUUUGUUUUGUUUUUUGUUUUUUUGAGGCGGAGUUUCGCUCCAUCACCCAGGCUGGAAUGCAGUGGUGUGAUCUCAGCUCACCACAACCUCCGCCUCCCGGGUUCAAGCCAUUCUCCUUCCUCAGCUUUUGAAUAGCUGGGAUUAUAGACACAUGGUACUGUGCCCAGCUAAUUUUUAUAUUUUGAGUAGGGAUGGGGGUUUUUCAUUAAAUUGGCCAGGCUGGUCUUGAACUCCUGACCUCGUGGUCCACCUGCCUUGGCUUCCCGAAGUGCUGGGAUUACAACCAUGAGCCACUGUGCCCGGCACUUUUUUUUAAUGUUGGAAAGAAGCGGGUCUUGCAAAGUAGCUUUCUUAACUUGUAACAGACGUAUACGUAGAGCCUCUGUACAACCUAGAAUGACUUUUUCCAAAGACUUUCAAGGUAGGACUGUUGGAACUUCCAACAGUGGAAAAGACAACUACAUAGCCUGAUUAAGGGAGAGGGUUCUGUAUUCUUCCUCUCUCUAACUCUAUACUUCCAUGGGACUGUACAUGCGGGUAAAAGGACAAGGUCUGUCAUCUCUUUAGGGACCUGUUUUCUAUGCCCCAAUCCUGUUCCCAUUUUUUUUUUUUUUUGAAUGUACUUAAAAAAGGAACAACAAAAAACUAAGGUUGUAGAAUUAUAAAAUUGCUUCAACCUUAGAACCUUGAGUAGGAUCCCCUCAAAUGGACUUACGGCAGUCCUUAGGGAGUCAAUGUACGUGUUGCUGCUUAUUUAAAUACAGUUCAGUCGGAGCCCCGAGAGUGCCAAUAUUUUCCCCACACCUCUUAGAUGCCUUCCUCUUCCUGAACCCUAGAAGUGGUGGGCGCCUGAGCGGGGAAUCUCAGGUGACUUAACUUACUUUGCCAGUGCCUACUCUAUUGAAGAACUGGGUUUUCAUUCUCGAGAAGAAACUCGUGGAAGGGCGUGUUUCCUAUCACAGGUUCACAUGCUGAUUUUUUUGUUGGUGAAUUUCCUUGGUGUGACUUCUGCCAAGUAAUUAUGAAGAUUUUUUGUUUGUUUUCUUGCUGAAUAUUUCAUGAAGGCUACGAAGUUAGCACAGGCAAGUCCUGGGUGUGAAAGCUUUAAUUUAUCUACCUCAUUUAUUCUUUAUGUUUUGUAGCCAUAGUGUAUAUUUCCCUAUUUUAAGACCGCGUAAGUAUUCCCAGGCCCUAUCUAAAACCGAAGAGUUGAUGUAUUGGUGGGAAGAGCUGAACGUUCAAGAUGAUUUUUGUGAUGCCUUUUUUUUAGCCUCCUAUUGUAUAUGUGCUAUUGAGCAAAUGAAACAUUGCUCUUGGUUUAAAAAGAAAGGAGAAAGAAAGAAGAAAACUCUUAACUUCUGGGAGAAAAAGUCUUUCCCCUCCCUCUAUGUGGAAGGUCCUGACAGAAAUGUGGAUCCAAGACUCUUAGCCAAAGCGUUGUCUCCUCAUCGUUGCACCUGACUUUAGGAUCCCCCACACACACUUUUUUUUUUUUUUUUUUUGCCAAGUUGUGCCUUUCCUUCUGGAAUUGUAAGUGAACACAAUACUAGUACCUGUUUACACUGUGAAGUGGAUAUUGUUACAGAAAACACACCAGUGGCUGACUGUUGAGCUAAUAAUGCCUUGUGAAUGUAUGAUCUACGGAGAAACCCCUGUAGUUGUACCUGCUGAUGCUGUCUGUUGGAAAAUAAAUUUUGAAUUUUUUUUUCCCA